GUGAUUAAAUUGUUCUUGGUUUUCUUUCCUAAAAGCGCUCAUCAUGGAGGAAACUGUGAAGACAAUGAAUCUAUUAAAUAAGAUAGGGGAGGAGGAAGAUGGCGAUGAUGAUGAAAGUAAGACGAGAAACAGCACUGCCAGUUUGAGCAACAGCGUGGUUGAGGAAGGGGAGAAGCAUGCGGUUGCAGGUUCUCCUUCAAGCUACAGAGUGAGGCCAUAUGUGCGGUCAAGGGUGCCUAGGCUGCGAUGGACACAGGAACUUCAUCAUUCUUUUGUUCGAGCUGUGGAGAGUCUUGGAGGUCAAGAAAGAGCAACACCCAAGCUGGUAUUGCAAUUGAUGAAGGUCAAGGGCCUUAGCAUUGCGCAUGUCAAAAGCCAUCUGCAGAUGUACAGAAGCAAGAAGAUUGAUGAGCAUGGUCAAGAUCACUUUCCCCACAGUAUUCUUUGGAAAUGCUCAAUGCUCCAUUGCCCCAAUCAAAGGCUGUGUUCCAACUUCAGAUAUGAUGAUGUUUCUUGCCGUGACCAUGGAAACUGGAAGAUGCAGAGACCUUAUUUGGUUGAUUCAAUGAAUACCAGAGGUUUUUAUCAGUCCUUAUUAUCUGAUCACAUAAACACAAGGGAUGAAUCUAAUUUCGACCACACGAAUACCAACUUCAUCUUCCAUCAACAAAGUUUGGAAAAAGUAGAAAAAACACAAGAAGGAUUUGCAUUAGGAGCUGAAACAGAUAUGGAUCCUUCUUCUGCAACAAAGUGUUUCAUUAAUAACGCUAUUGAUGAAGCAGAGGAGCAAAGAAUGAUUAAGAGAAGAGCUGUAGAAGAGGAAGUCGAUUUAAGCCUCUCAUUGAGUACAAGAAUGAGAUCAGAAAAGAAUUCUAGUGAGAUCAUGUUGGUACUUGCACAAGAGGAUAUUAGAGUGGCUAAUCGGAGGAAAUGUUGAGAACUCAAGAGUAGCAGUCAAUAUUUAUUUAUGUCUAAGUAAUUUCUAUUUCAAAGGCAUUAUUUCCCAUUUCAAUUUCCUUGGCUAGUUUUCUUCUUGUUUUCAUUAAAUUUCUUCUCCAUAU